GGGGGUGUGUGCACAUAAAGCUGUAUAAAUACGCCGGGUUGUCAAACAGUAAAGUUUGAUCUGGACGCGCCACGCAUCAGGCUGUGAGCCCGGGCCCUGAAACAGGACGAGUUCAGACCUCAAACAUCUGAAGACAUUGAACACUUCCAAUAGGCGCAGUCACAAGGGAAACAGAGAAUCUACUCACUCUUAAUACCAAGUUGAAAGUUAACACCGUUGUCUGCAGAGCCGUCCAAUCAGGAGCCUUGAGAGGGACUCCGCUGACCCCCUACACACAGAGCCCCAUCAUGGUGGCAGCACACGUUUUAUACACUUUAUAAACCCAGUUCCCCUGCAUAUGUACCUGUGUUGAUGGCCCCGGUUUGAACACGGCCCCCUUUACUGCUAAAGCAAAACAACACCAGGCGCCAUCUUGUAGCUCCGCCCUCUGGUAGCUCCGCCCCCAGUAGCCCCGCCCUCCGGUAGCGGCGCCAUGCUCCUGGAGGUGAAGGUGGCGCUGAACUUCAUCGUGUCCUACCUGUACAACAAGCUGCCGCGGCGCCGAGCCGACCUGUUCGGGGAGGAGCUGGAGCGCCUCCUGGUGGCGCGCUUCGAGGGCCACUGGUACCCCGAGGCCCCGCUGCGCGGCUCGGCCUUCCGCUGCCUGCAUCUGGGGGCCCCCCGGGACCCGGUGGUGGAGCUGGCGGCCCGGCGCAGCGGCCUGGACACGGAGGAGGUCCGCGCCAACGUCCCGGCGGAGCUCAGCAUCUGGGUGGACCCCUACGAGGUGUCCUACCAGAUCGGGGAGCAGGGCGCCCUGAAGGUGCUGUACCUGGAGGACCCCCCGGGGCCGGGCGGGGGGGCGGAGCGGGGGGAGCCGCCGGGGGACGGGGCCCCGGGGGACGGGGGCCCCGACGAGGCCCGGAGCCUGGGCUUCAACCCCGACGCCCAGGUGUUCGUCCCCGUGGGCGGGCGGGGGUCCCCCGGGCCGCUGGGCUCGCUGUCGGCCUCGCCCACGCCCGGCCCCGCCCCCCCGCCCGGCCCCGCCCUCUUCAGCUACCCCGGCACCCCCACCGCGCACUCCUCCAACCCCUCCACCCCGUCCCCGCCCCUGGGGGGGCUGUCCUACCUGCCCCCCCCCCAGCAGCCCCCCGGGGCCCCCGGCCGGCCCCCCCUCCAGCCUAUCACCUUCACCACCGCCAGCUUCGCCGCCACCAAGUUCGGCUCCACCAAGAUGAAGAAGAGCAGCGCGGCCGGCCCGGGGGCCCCCGGGGGCCCGGGCGGCGGCGGCGGCGUUGCCGUGGUAGCCGUGCCCCCUCAGAGGAUCCUGUCGCGCUCCCCGCCCGCCGCGCUCCCCCCCGCGGAGCUGCUGAAGCACAAGCCCCUGGCCCUGGCCCUGCACGCGCUGGGGGCCCCCGCCCCGCCCAGCCAGCUGUCGCCCAACGCCAAAGAGUUCGUGUUCCCCGGCUCCCCGGGGGCCCUGUACUUCGAGGUGGACCCCCAGCCCAUGGCCAGCCCCUUCCAGCCGCCCCCCCACCUCAACACCCACCCCAGCUACGACCCCUUCGCCCGCCCGGCCGCGCCCGGCCCCGGGGGGCUGUCCUACGGGGAGAAGCCCCCCUUCGGGGAGGGUCUGGGGGGGUACAGCCUGCAGUACCCCCCCCAGUCCUUCCCGCCCGUGGUGCUCGCCAACUAGCCCUGAGGAAGAGGAGGAGGAGGAGGGCGAUGGUGGUGACGAAGGUCGUUCCUCCAGCGGGGUUUGGCCCGCGGUGGAGGGACGCCACGUGAUUAGUUUUCUACUUCAGGGUUUUUUGUUUGUGACGGCGUGGGAUUAGUUUGACUCACAGAGGCUCUGCUCCUCUCUGUGGGACGGAGGGAUUCUUCUUUUCCUUCCUCCCUGCGGUUCCUCCACCCUGAAUGUCAGAGUGGAGGAGGUGUGGAGCAGGUCAACACGAAACGGCCUCCAUUUUAGUUUGAAGUUUUGUUUUUGCACUCUUACAGCGAGGAAGGACCUUGGCCAAGUCCUGCAGUAGACGGACGGACAGCCGUGGAGAGCUCAGCACUUUACACUGCAAUCUGCUUUGCCCCAGUUAGUGUGUGUGUGUGUGUGUGUGUGUGUGUGUGUGUGUGUGUGUGUGUGUGUGUGUGUGUGUGUGUGUGUGUGUGUGUGUGUGUGUGUGUGUGUGUGUGUGUGUGUGUGUGUGUGUGUGUGGUAGAGCAACCUCUGGUGGAGGCAGAUGUUUCCUCCUUCAAACCCGGAGCACGUUUUCAUGCUGAAGCCAAACGCAGCUCUCCUCCUCCCUCCUCUCCUCCUCACCUCUCUCCUCUCCUCCCCCCUCUCCCUCUCCUCUAUUCCUCUGGCCACCGGUUGUUGUUGUUGUUGCAGUAUUAUCUUGGUGUCAGUGCAGAGGAACGAAUGUUCUCCGGUUCCUCGUGGACCAGCUUGUGAUCCGCGUGGCCGGGUGCACGUGAUUGGUCGGCUGCCAUCGGGGGGGGGGACAGGGUGCCCAUACACUCAGAAUGCCCCUCCAAGCCCCCCAGCACUUUAUAUUAUUAGAACCCGGGGGCAUUGUUAGGGGGGGGGGGUUCAUCGCGCACACCCCAUUCCGUCGGCACGGUGACGGAACAUUCUGAUAGCGGUCCUGAGACGCAGAAGGUGCGCUGGAUUUGUCUUGCGUGUCGUCUUACGGCGGCGGGGGCAGGGCCGUCCUGUCUGUAGGUCCCGUGAAGUGAAUGUUUUCUAGAUCCACGCUUUAGACGUCCCGGUGCAGGCCCCCCCCCCCCCCCCCCCCCGCUGGGCUCCCACGGCCCCAGGCCCGAGCCCGGGUGGUCCGCAAGCAGUACUGCAGCGUCGGGCCCACUCUGCCGCCUCCCCCCGGGACACGGACGGACGGACGGACAUAGAGACGGACGGACGGACGGACAUAGAGACGGACGGACGGACGGACGUAGAGACAUAGCGCAGCGAGGGCAGAAGUUUAUUUUAUUUUUUACAUUUGAUCGCACGUUACUUCAAAAUGUUUCUAGAUUUUUUUCUUUUCAUUUUCCAGCAGAAUAAAAUACAUUUGUAAGUUAAUGAUUCAAAUAUGACUCUAGGAAUAAGAAAAAAGUUGUUAUUUUCAGAUUCUUUGUUUAAUUUCUUAUGAGCUGAGGUUAUUUUUACAGAAGAAUAACGUGAAUAUAUGCAAGUUCAGAUGAACAUGACGAUGUAUAGAAUAAAGUGUUGAAUGUGUUGAACCUUGUACAUCGUGUGUCUAAUAAAGACGGGUAAAUGUAUUCAUUAAGAUGUUGUCCUCGGACAGGUUCAGAAGUGAAUGUUUACAUGAGUUGGUUUUGGAAGAGUCUGCAAUCCUCACUUUUCUGAAGAGUCUUCUCAGUGCUCUGUCUCCUGAUUCCAUACAUUUAAACCAAAAAACGGACCCCACAUUUCAAAGUUUCUAAAUCACACCGUUUCUCUUUCAAUGGCUCUGCGUACAUUCAUACGUAUUCAUAUUUGUUCUCUUCGUCAUUGGUAUUAAAUGUCCUGUUCUACAAACGUACUUCAUCCUCCGUUAUAGGCCUGUGUGCGCCCGUUGGCUGAGCUCCAGAGUCACGGCAGCUCAUUGUCCUCGGUCUGCCCCCCCCCCGCUCACUCUGACACCCUAAUAACCCCUGCUCGGCUCCUCCUGCUCCGUGUUUAAUAAGAUAGCCAUACCCCCCCCCCCUCACUAGCUCUGAGCGGCCAGCUGCUCCCCCAGCAGAGCCACAGCCCAUAAUACCAGGAGUCCAGAGGAGUCCUUCUGUGGGCCGGGCCACGGGGGGGCCGGGUCCGGGGCGGUCAGAACCCGGGGGGUCCGUCUGAGACGUGGACUGGCUUCAAGGGAAAUGCUUGUUUUUGUUAAUUUUUUAUAUAAAUUGUUGCAUAAAAUGUUCGAAGAACUUCUGUCCACCCAAAAACAAACGACUUAUUGUCCAAGUGUGUUUUAAUUUCCUUGUUGUAAAAGAUCGUUCUGGGGGGGGGGGCAAUGUGGACCGUGUGUACUUUAGUUUUCUGUGUUGGUUGGCAGCUUUAUGAGUCGUUGCAUAUAGUGUAUCGGGAAUUAAAUGUGUGGAACAUAUUUGGUGGUCCUCUGCUCACAAUAAUCAAAAGAGCCGCUUGGCUAAUCUCUAAACCAGGAUACUCUGCAAUCAGGUUCAAAUUCACUGACGUGGGGGAAAUAUGAAUUUUGUAUUCUGGUGUUUUUUGCCUCACAUCUAAACGUGUUUUAUUUUGCACUUUGGAAUAUUUGUUUUAAAAUAAAAACUUUAUUUUAUAUGUAAACUCUUAACAUUUAAAUGUAAAUGGAAUAAACUGAAAGUCCAGAUGAUAAAUAUAUAUAUAGAUAGUGUUUUCUUUUUUGCCUGUAUUUUGUUACCCUUCCUCCUCUUUUGUAUCGGACCUGUAAACCCUAGUAGAUGUAUAACGAGUCUUUCACUAAUGACAUGCAAUGACCUGUUGUCUGUGCUGCCCCUUCGCUCAGGGGGCGUGACUACUGCAGUUUCUUAUCCAAUCAGAUUCCUUUUUUAAGUUUGUAAUAAAAAAGCAAAUGGCAAAAAGAAGCAUGUGAAACAA